AACGCCACGUCAACUCUUCAUAUCCCCCGGCCUCGAUCCGAUACACAGAGCUCAGAGCAGCCCCUUGGUGCGACCGUCCCACCAACCAACCGCACCGCGCCACGUAACCCGGCACUCCGCUUCUUCCGGAAUCCGGACCAAUCCCGUCGCUCCAUAGUUUCCUCCGGGGAAGCGAUAGUAUUCUCGAACGAAUCUAGAUUCGGGAAGAAAACAAAUUCCUUCUGCUCGAAUACGACGGCCGAGCAAGCAUCCCCUCCCUCUCUCUCUCUCUCUCUCUCUCUUAUUCCCCUCUCCACAAAGCUGCUCUGCUCUGCAUCACCACCGCAAUUCUCAUCCGUUCGCAUCUGUCGCCUCUCUUCCCGGACGUUUCUUGGUGAGUAUUUCAGUUCGCAUAGAUCUUUGUCUCUGUUUUCUUCGGAUUCCCGGUAAUGGAGUCUCGCGUUGAUUCGAUUUUACGUCUUCUUUCUCUCGCCCGCUACAAGAUGCUGCUAAGUGCUAAGCUUAGAGCUAACUGAAUCUGUGGAUAUGGCGGAUGUAGCGGCCAAUUAUGAUUUUGAGCUGUGGUGGUUAGUUAAUGAAUCUGUUAUGGAUGGUUACCUGCGGAUUUGAAUUCUGAACUGUUACGGAGUUUCUUGGCGACGACUUUUUUGUUGCCUUUCUAUCUAAUGGAACAGUGUUCUGUGAGAUUGCGACCCAGAAGAAGUGCGUUAUUGAACACUGGUUUGAAACUCUAAAUCUUAUGUUGCUUGCCAUAAUUGCGUUGAAGGAGUUUCAUAUUCGAGAAGAAAAAGAAGUAUAGUCGUUUUCUCAAUUCUUUGUAUGCGUUUUUAUCUAUCAGAUUCCGCACUAGCAUGGAGUUUUAUUUCGAGCUGCUCUUUCAAUUUGCAAUUGGCUGUUUCUUCUCGUUAAUUUCCUCCAGCUAUGAGAAGUUUUAGGUGCUAAGUAACUAUAACAUGUUGUGCAGCUGUAGUUAGUAAAAAAGAAAGCGGUUCCUCCCUCCCUCCACAGGAGACUGGAAAUGGUGGAACCUUGCAAGCCUGUGAAAAGCAGUCAUGGUCUAAAGCAUCGUCCCUUGACUUCUCUCAGGCUAGUAAGGGGGUUGAUAUGUUUAGUAGUUUACCUGUCGACCGCGUUCACGUUCUUGGUCUACUUUGGACCUGCAGCAGCAGUAUUGCCGAGGCUUGUUAGCGUACACGGUUCCAGAAAAGUAACGUCCUACUUGUUCUCUCUCUGGCUAGCAUUGUGGCCCUUCUUGUUUGAAAAGAUAAAUGGGACUAGAGUUGUGUUUUCUGGGGAUGUGGUGCCGGAUAAAGAGCGAGUCUUGGUACUAGCGAAUCAUAGGACCGAGGUCGAUUGGAUGUAUCUGUGGAAUCUGGCGUUGAGGAAAGGAUGCCUAGGGUGUAUAAAGUACGUGUUGAAGAGCAGUUUGAUGAAGCUGCCGAUAUUUGGGUGGGGGUUUCACAUCUUGGAGUUCAUAUCGGUGGAGAGGAAGUGGGAAGUUGAUGAGCAGGUGAUGAGAAAAAUGCUCUCGACUUUUGAGGAUCCUCGAGAUCCUUUGUGGCUUGCCCUUUUUCCUGAAGGAACAGAUUUCAAUGAAGAGAAAUGCCAGAAGAGUCAAAAAUAUGCCACUGAAGUGGGGCUUCCUGUAUUGACAAACGUCCUUCUGCCUAAAACAAAGGGCUUCUAUGUUUGUUUGGAAGUUCUGCAGAACUCCUUGGACGCAGUUUACGAUUUGACUAUUGCAUACAAGCAUCAAUGUCCUACAUUUUUGGACAAUGCGUUCGGGGUGGAUCCUUCAGAAGUUCACAUUCAUGUUCGGCGUAUCCCAAUGAAGGAUAUCCCGACCACUGAAGAUGAGGCUGCUGCCUGGUUAGUCGAUGCAUUCAAACUGAAGGAUCAGUUGCUUUCAGAUUUCAAAACGGAGGGACAUUUCCCUGGCGAAGGAACCGAAAAAGAACUUUCCACUUUGCAAUGCUUGGUGAAUUUUGCAGUAGUAAUAUCUUUGACUGCAAUGUUUACUUAUCUUACAUUCUUCCAGUCGAUUUGGUUCAAGGCUUAUGUAAGCCUAUCUUGUGCAUAUCUAGCUUCAGCUACUUAUUUGAAUUUUCGUCCAACCCCAGUCUUCGACUCUGUUCAAACAUUGUUUACUGCCAAAAGAAAGAAAUGAAAUGAUGAAUAUCAUAGGCAGAGCAACAAAGCUUGAAAGAUGUCUUUGUGAUCUGGGAAAAUGGGUCUUAAGUUUGGCCUUCUCGUGUUGAAUAUAUCUAUUUUGGGAGAAAAGAAACACCUCUUGCUUGCAUUCAUUUCCAUACAUACUGGCCACUGUCGACUCUCGACUGUCGAGAUUGUAAAGCAUGAUCCUUGUCAGAUUGCCGACAUAUUGAACAAGAAUGAUAUGAGUCUGUGAUAGAUCCCAAUCAUUGACGCAGAGGUCUCGUUGUCAAACUUGAUUAGUCCAAAUUUCUUUGUCAACUGUGUUUUUGCACAAAUCCAUAGCCAAUAUUGAUGCAGGAGGGUAGUGCAUCGGCGAGGAGCCAAACAUUGAGGCUUGAAGCACAGGACUAGCGAGGAAGGGAUGGUCUGAGCAUCUAAAUCUCCAUUCCUACAGAUAAGUAAAAUUUAUUAGCCGUU